UGCGCUGUGGUCUUCGCGCAGAGCCUUCGCUACCAACCGUAAAUAAAAAAAAGUGAAAAAAGUUCGAGUGUUACCGCAGUGUCAUUGAAUUCUAUGCAAGUGUUGUAUGAUCUAGGAUCCAUUGUGAUGGUUGAUUGUUUUGGCGGGAAGCGCAUUGGUUUCACGGUGUUGGGACAAAUGGCAUUGCUAAGGUGCUGUAAACAUCGAAAAUGAGACUGUUCUCGCUAAAAAUGUUAAUCGAGACCGUAGUAAUAAAUGUGAGUGCUCACGAAACGCGAGUGAUGUUGAAACUUAAGACAAUGUGCGUGUAAGGUUCGACCACGACGUCGAAUCAGUCGUUGUGGGGGUCGCAGGGGACCGCGCCCCGCGAUGGAAUGGACGUUGUUCUGGGGAACGCCAGCGAGGAGUGGGCCGACCAGUGGAACUCAACGAGGGGGCCGGAACACCCGGACCUCUACAACUACUGGGCAUGGAGCAUCGUGGACGGCGCGCUGAUGUUGCUCAUCGUCAGCGGCAACACCCUGACGAUCCUUGCCGUGACCAUGAGCCGCCGCCUGUCCUCCCUCGUAUCCAACCAGUUCGUGCUCAACCUGGCCAUAUCCGACCUGAUGGUGGGUCUCACUCUGCCCUACCAUCUCGUGUUCUACAUAGACGACGACUUCGGCCAGAUCAAAUGGUCUUGCCUGAUGAGGUUCAUACUCAUAAUACUCGCGUGCCUAGCAUCCAUUUACAACAUCAUCGCAAUCGCUGUAGACAGGUACAUAGCAAUAGUGCAUCCGCUACACUACAGCCGCUAUAUGACUAAGGUGAUAACGCGGCUGCUAAUGAGCGCAACCUGGUCUGUAGCGGUGUGCAUUAGCUGCAUACCGAUGUUCUGGAACGAUUGGGAAGAAGGCGUUGCUUGCGAGAUGAACGUGGUGGUGCCAAAGAAGUACACGACCAGCAUCCUGGCGCCCAUGUUUUCUCUCAUCUGGAUGGUGAUGUUCAUUCUGUAUUGGCGGAUAUGGCGCGAGGCUACGUGCCACGCGCGCCGUAUGCGCGCCAACACCUGCUGCCCCACCAGUGCUAACGAUUGGAAGAGCAUACAGGUGGUUCUGCUCGUCUUAGGUUCAUUUUCGAUCUGCUGGAUGCCUUUCGUCGUGGUAGCCUGCGCUCAGACCCUGCCUAUCGAACCUCUGCACAACCCAAUCGUUUACCGGCUAACUUCAUCACUCGCUAUGUCUAACUCUGGCAUUAACCCUUUGAUUUACGCAUGGAAGAACGCUGGGUUUAGGGCUGCAUUCGCAAAACUGCUGCGAUGCAAAAAGCCAGACACUUCGGAGUACAGAGGAUCGCCUGCACCGGAGAGGAAGCGUGGUUCUGUGGCUUUACGCGAAGGAUCCAUCACUCGGACACCGACCGGACUAUCCACUUUAGGAGGAAGACCAGCUCGCCUGAUUUACGUUGAACGCGAAACUGACACAGCCAGGUGUCGCAUCAUUGAAAACGCUGGUUAUGUAGAGCAGGAAAGGGGUGAUGCCAACCCUUCCUACGCCCCGGACGGACCUACGCCUGUCCACAGGCCGACAUCGCAAGCGCCUGACGUAGUGUAGUGCAACAAAGUUACCAUAAACGAUAAACGUUCAGUGGGAAACGUGAAACGCUUCUAGAGUUUAAAGUUGUUAGUGCGUAGGUACCCCGUCGCAUUUAAAGUAUAGUUGCGCUGAGCCAAGCUCGUAGCUGAACUCAUAUGAGAAAACCUUGCAAUGCAAAUUGCUUUGGAAUAUACAUUCCUGCAGCUCACACACGGCGAAAUUCGUCAAAACUAGUUUUUAACUGUGACGCAAACGGAUAUAUAUAUCCCAACGCAAUAACUAAUGUUCCUAGUUUUAAACUUCGAAUUCUUCCAUACAUCAACAGUCCAGACCACCAUAUACCAUAGCAGAAACUUUAUUUUUAUUAACUUAUAUCGUUAGUAUGGAAUGCACCACUUUAAAGCAAAGACCAGUUCAUCGAAGCACCAAAGAUUCCGAGAUAUGCUAUCUCGUGCUAAGGUUACUGAAAUACCGGUGUUAAAGGCGCCCGUUGAACGUCUUACUGAAACCGUGACUAUGUCGUCUCUACUAGUUACUGUGAAAAUAAACCUAUACUA